AAAAAAUCUUCACAGAAAAAGAUAUAAAGGCUAAUGGCUCCUCUGGCUGAGACUCAUCCCGCCUCGCCGCCACCGGAACUCGGAGCAGACGCGGACAAACAUGAGCCCCAAACCCCGACUCGCACCCUCAGUUCCUGGCCCGCGGAGCAGUGGGAGCAGGAGGAAGAGGUGGACCCGUGGGAGCUGCCGGAGCUCCUGGACACCGGGGUGAAGUGGUCAGAUUUGGACCGGCGCGGGAAGGUCCUGCGGGUCUGCACCUCUGUCCUGAAGCUGCUGCUGCUGAUCGGCCUGCUCUACAUGUUCGUCUGCUCACUUGACAUCCUCAGCUCUGCUUUCCAGUUGGUCGGAGGGAAGGCAGCGGGGGACAUCUUUAAGGAUAAUGCGGUGCUGUCCAACCCUGUGGCUGGGCUGGUGAUCGGGGUGCUGGUUACGGUUCUGGUCCAGAGCUCCAGCACCUCAUCCUCCAUCGUGGUCAGCAUGGUGUCGUCUGGAUUGCUGGAGGUGAAGUCUGCAGUGCCAAUCAUCAUGGGUGCAAAUAUCGGCACUUCAGUGACGAACACUAUCGUGGCCGUGAUGCAAGCUGGAGACCGCAAUGAGUUUCGCAGGGCUUUUGCGGGGGCGACGGUGCAUGACUUCUUCAACUGGCUGUCUGUGCUGGUGCUCCUGCCUCUGGAAGUGGCCUCAGGGAUGCUCUACAGGCUCACCAAACUUGUGAUCGAUUCCUUCAACAUCCAGACGGGCGCAGAUGCUCCAGACCUGCUGAAAGUAAUCACCGAGCCGCUCACCAAGAACAUCAUCGAGCUGGACACCUCUGUGAUCCGUGACAUUGCCACUGGAGACCCUGCUGCCCGAAACAAAAGUUUGAUCAAGAUCUGGUGUAAAACGGAAAAAAUUACGAGCCUGGUGAACGUGACCGUCCCGGGAAUCGCCAACUGCACUUCUGACGCCCUGUGCUGGGAGGACGGAGACUUUGUCUGGACCCAAAAGAACCAAACGGAAACCAUCUACCUGAAGAAAUGUACGCACAUGUUUGUGUUCGCGGAUCUGCCUGAUCUGGCGGUGGGCUUGAUCCUGUUGGCUCUGUCUUUGCUGGCUCUCUGCACAUGCCUGAUCCUCAUAGUCAAACUCCUGAACUCCAUGCUGAAGGGUCAGGUGGCCGUCAUCAUCAAAAAAGUGCUCAACACGGAUUUCCCCUUCCCCUUCGCCUGGGUCACAGGAUACCUGGCCAUCCUCGUGGGAGCCGGAAUGACCUUCAUUGUUCAGAGCAGCUCCGUCUUCACCUCCGCCAUCACUCCUCUAGUCGGUAUCGGUGUGAUCAGUUUGGAGAGAGCGUAUCCACUCACACUGGGCUCCAACAUCGGCACAACCACCACUGCUAUCUUGGCGGCCAUGGCCAGUCCUGGAGAAACACUGGCCAACUCACUACAGAUCUCUCUGUGUCACUUCUUUUUCAAUAUCGCUGGUAUCCUGCUGUGGUACCCCAUCCCCUUUACACGUGUGCCCAUUCGACUGGCCAAAGCUCUGGGUAACCGCACGGCCAAAUACCGCUGGUUUGCAGGCCUGUACCUCAUUCUCUGCUUUCUGCUGUUUCCCUUGACCGUCCUGGGACUCUCCAUCGCUGGAUGGCAGGUCCUAGUUGGCGUCGGGGUGCCAGUGUUGGUGUUCGCCAUCUUUGUCAUUGUGGUAAACGUCAUGCAGAAACGAUGCCCGCGUUUUCUGCCCUCGUUUAUCCGCAGUUGGGAUUUUCUGCCCAAACCGCUGCACUCCAUGAAGCCCUGGGACCGAGUGGUGACAGCGGGAAUGAGCUUCUGCAGGACUCGCUGUUGCUGCUGCUGUAAAUGCUGCAGAAAUGAAGAGAAAACCCAUAUGGAGAACAGGAGCCUGGAGAUGUACGACAAUCCAGCACUCGCUAUAGAGGAUGAGGUUAAAGUGACUGCCACACAUUUAUAACACUACAUGGACUCUUUUAAUUUAUGUAUGUUGUUUUGAUGAUCGCAGGGUGAAGCAUCGUGUUUUUAAGCUGCUAUUGAUUUUUAGUUUGGUUAUAAAGCUGCGUUGAGAUUAGAGCUGUGGCGAACAACAUCAGUUGAGAAAUCCAUCCUGCAUCAGUUUUGAGAUUUUUCAAACUGCAUUACGAUUCGUAUUGAAUCCGGAGCUUAAUGUUAACAGCAGAUGGCGCUGAGUGCUUUACGAAUAGCCCUACUCCGCUUUCAUUCACUUCUUUACCAAUACAACAUGAACCUAAAAUCAAUAAAGAUAGGAAAGGUAGAAAGCAUGUUACAAGAGUGACUGACUCAGCCGAACGCACAAGCACUCUUCCUUUUGAGCAUUUGAGUGUGUGAAGAACUAGCCUAGAGCGCCAUCUGCUGUUUAACACUAGCCUAGAGCGCCAUCUGCUGUUUAGCACUAGCCUAGAGCGCCAUCUGCUGUUUAACACUAGCCUAGAGGGCCAUUUACUUUAAAUACUAGCCUAGAGCGCAGUCUGCUGAUAAAACUAGCCUAGAGCACCUAAAGCUAGUGUAGAGCAGCUAAACGCUAAUAAAUAUAAUAAAGAUUAAUCCCAAAAUUUGCUGCAGAAUUGAUUUCAUCAACUUUUUCACCAUAACUGGAUCUGGGAUUAUAAAGAUGACUGACUUGAUCAUACUUGAAACCAUUUGCACUAGGGAUGCACCGAUACUUCGCAUAUUUUUGCUGGAUCGGGUAUCGGCCAGCUGGUACUGAUCCAAAUCCGAUCUUGCACGUGUGCUAACGUGUUCUGUGUAAUUUAUAAGCCAACAAAAGCCACGACGGUAUAAGGCACUAGAAAGUUGUCAUGUAGGACUACUGUAUCCCAAAUGUUCUGAAGCCAUUCUACAGUUUAAUGUGAAGCACAGAUGAAUAUUUGCAUGCUUAAAUUCUCCAUUCAUUUGUUCCUGUUAGGUUAAAUCAGUGGAGAAAUACAUUUAGUUUAGCAUUAAAUGGCUUCAUUUUGACCUGCAACGAGGAGUUGAUUGCGGUUUCUAAAUCAUGUUGCGCUGUGUGUGUUAGAUCAGCCGAUCGCAUUCACAACACUGGAGUAGAGAAGAUUAUUACCUGCUCUUCACACACAAAGUAGGCCUACCUGAAAUAUUAAAUGAGAAAAGGCUAAAUACAUUGGACAGAUCCUCAACACGCUGAUUUCUUCCCUUUGCGCUGCUGUUUUGGAAGUGUCCGCAGGUACCGGAGGGCUGCGCGCUGUUUUAGUGAUGCAUCAAGUGCUGCGCAGAUGCAACAUGUGCUGCUCAGUAAAAUUAUUCUCACAAUAAGUUUCUGUUCUCUCAUCCUUCCGACUGACUUAAGCUGCGGUCACACUUGACUUUUCCUCCCAUAGACUUCCAUUCAUACGCACGCGAAUGCGUCAGACCGGAAACGCAAGGUCAUGCGUCAAGUUUCGCAUGUCGCUGCGGUGCAGAGUUCAAGCUUGGUGAACUCUGACCUGCGAAAUCGCAUCACUUGACUGUGUGAGACCAAUCGAGGAUCAGUCCAGUGUGACCGUAGCUUUAAUCUUCCGAGAUGAGUACUUUAAGUGCUGCGAAAAGUUUGCAAAGCCUGGCUUACUGUGGCCAGAGUAGUUGAUUUAAAUUAAUAAAAGUUAACCUGACGAGUGCAGUAUGGAUGGUCAAUAACAGAAAAUGAUUUAGCCUAAUAUAGGCUACUCUGAAACUGAAUAUUUCACUGUAGUUUUAUUUAUAUUAUCAUUUUUUUUAAUUGAAAAGUUUGUCAGAUUGUGCGCUGACGCAUACAAGUGGACCUUGUUUUGAACGUCACUUCAAAUAUUCUUGCUUAUUUUGUGGAUAACUGACCUACAAAAAUACACUGAAAUAACCAACUAAUUAUACCAAACGAGAUUCUUUUCAAAAAUAAUUGUUCAGACAUGCUUUCGGUUUCUUCGUCUCACUCGCGGCGAGUGUAGGCGAAGGAAUGUUUAUUAAGUAAAACUGGCCUCAGACGGCUUAAGUUUAGUCUGCGUCAAACCUGCAGGAAAAUUUCAGGCUUUGCUAAAAGGUUGGUUAUUUUACCAACGAUUGGGGUCAAUAAUGGUAGCCUAUUACAGAUUUCAAAGAAAAAUCUUAAUAAUAAAGAGGAAACCUAAGCUGGACCACAACAGAUCAGAUACAUAUAAUGAAUGCUCCAAUAAUGUAGCCCAUAGUUUAGCAAGCAUCAUGUUGUUAGUUAUAUUGUGCCGUCUGUCAUAUACAGUGGGCCUAUAGGUCUGUUAUUUUUACUAUAGAAGAUUUGAGUUUAGCACCAGAGCUAUAGAAACUGUGUUAUGUUAAAAAAAAACGGCACAGUAUCGGGAUCGCAUCUGUUUCGCUCGAUACUCAGAAUUUUGGUAUCUGGAUCAGUUCCAAAAAAAUGGUAUCCGUGCAUCCCUAAUUUGCACAUAAAUGACCAUUUCACCUAAUGAUGUGUACUGCUUCAGGACUACAGUCAUGCCCUAACUUCCUGUUAAUGCAGCAGCACUGGGAAAGUCAUGCGUUAUUAGCAGUCUGCAUGAUGUAUAUCUGCUGUAACGUGCGUAUCUGAGCAAAACUGCUUGAGCUAGAACAAAUGUGGGGGGCGGGGCUUGAUUUCUCGUGUUGUGGUUUACUAUUGGUGGGUCUCGUGUGAUUGACAGGUUGAUCCUGCCUUCAUUCCGGUCGACACCAAUGCAGACUCUUGAUCAUUUUGCACAAUAUCUGGAACUAUGCAAAGAUAUCUUUAGUGUUUGUAUGUUGUUAUUUGUAAACUUAAAAAUUUGAGUUUGUUUAACUCCCUAACUGACACACAGGUGGAAGUUUUUCAGUGCAUGUUUAAUAAAAUCUGUCUAAACCUGAACUUGACAAACUAUAUAUAUAGGAAAAACUGCUGUGACAGGUCAGGGGUUAAAUGUAUUGUUGGUACUGUUGCGUUUUGUAAGCUUCAUGAUGAUAUAUUUCUCUUCAGAUGUAAGAUGUGGUCUCUGAAUAAAUAUUUAAUACUGUAAA